UGACGUAUCAGUGACAUCACGGCCGCAGCCCACCAAUGUGGCUUCAGUAUUCAAUAGCUGGCCAGUGGAGGCUCAAGCAAUAUCAAUCUCUCUCGUCUUUCUCACAUGUGACAUACCUAUUUUAUCAGCUACAUUAUGGGUAUUCUGAUUGCAAAGCUCUGGAGCCUCUUUGGGAACGAAGAACACAAGAUUGUGAUGGUUGGAUUGGAUAAUGCUGGGAAAACUACAAUCCUCUACCAGUUACUAAUGAACGAGGUUGUUCACACAUCCCCAACAAUCGGUAGUAAUGUAGAAGAGGUGGUGUGGAAAAACCUUCACUUCAUUAUGUGGGACCUUGGUGGUCAGGAAUCGCUAAGGUCUGCUUGGAAUACGUAUUACACCAAUACAGAAUUUGUCAUCUUAGUAAUAGACUCUACUGACCGUGAGCGCCUCAGCAUUACUCGAGAAGAAUUGUAUAAAAUGCUUGCGCAUGAAGAACUUUCACGUGCAGCUGUGCUUAUAUUUGCAAAUAAACAGGAUGUGAAGGGCUCAAUGAGUGCUGCAGAAAUUUCGCGUUUGUUAAAUUUAACGUCUAUAAAAAAGCACAGAUGGCAGAUACAGGGAUGCUGUGCACUGACAGGGGAAGGAUUAUACCAGGGACUGGAAUGGAUUGGCAGUACUUUAAAAAGCAAAUGACAAAGCUACAACUCGGUAGUUGGGGAAAAAACCCUACAAGCUGUGAUGGUCUUCAUAAAUGUGUUAAUUAUUGAGCUAUUGUAAAUGACCUAUUGGUUAAUUUUACAUACUUGUUUGAAUGUUGUCACUCAUGUGACAAGACGUUUUUGUAGCAAAAUAUGUUCAAAGGCAAUUUGAUAUUGUUUUCAUGGCCAAAUAUAACUGAUGACAUCCUCUAAUGAGGAGGGGUUCCAGUUUGGGCAGUAUCCGUAUGACUGUUUGAGACUUUUCAACUCAAGAAAUAUCUGAAAAUAUCAGAGUAUAGUACAAUAUUUAGCUGAGUGUGGUGAAGCUUAGAAGUGGAACCCAGAGUUGAUAAACAAGUGCUGUUCUUCCAGGAUCAGUCCCUAGGAGUGUGUUCCCUGAACCCUGAUCUUUAAGUGGAACAUUUUUGUGAUCGGAAUAAAUCCAUGAAUAGUACAGUAUUGCUGUUUUGAAUAACAUAAUUACUGGAAGCACUUGGACGAUACUAUACAUGUUUUAAGGGCUAAAAUAAUUUUAACUCAAAAACUUCUUGAAAGCAAGUUAAACGAAAUGAGGUGCUAGUUGUCACGAGGUAUUUGUCUUUAUCCACAGACAUCUCUGUAGGUUUGGCACUGGUUAAAUAAAUUAUUUUGUAACCUGACAUUACUGAUUUUAAACUAUUCCAAGAUUUUUUAAUUGUCAUUUUAAUCCAAAAAAUAGAUAUAAUUUUUUUUUUUUUAAAGAUUUUAUUUGAAAAAGGGAAGGUAGUGAUUAUACUCUUUUCUUCACCAUUACCCAGCCUUGUAUUCCAUGUAAAUUUAUAGCCACUACUCAUAUCUGUAUUUCCAAAGUAAUUUACAUAGUGAUCACUUACAUUUUUUAGGUCUGAAGAGAGCCACCUAAUUUGCUAUAAUAUAUCAUUUAUAACCUAAUUUUGUACUAGCAUUGUUGAUGAACAUUCUGUAUUUUGAGUUUAGUCAGUGUCAUUAAUCAUUGUUACGAGCCCUCAUUACAGCAAACCUUAUUCAUAUAUUGAUCAUCAAGAAGUGUGCCAAAACUUUGACAUUGUUAAUAACAUUUGGAUACGAUUAAUAUUUUUGUUUUUAAAUGUUAAAAUUGUCACUUUUAACAUGCUUUACUAUCUGAUCAUUUAGGAUCACUUAGGCUAUGUUAAUACUCUUUUUAUUUUAUUACAUUUUAAAUGCUAAGGUGGAAUGCCCCUUGCAAACAUACUGUAUAUAUGCUGUUUCAUUUCAGUCUUUAGAGACAUACAUCAGUAGAAUACAUUUGUACUUCAAAGAAGUGAGGUUUUGUAAUGUUUUCUUGCUCCUUUCACAGUUUUUUAAUCACAUAUUUACAAUGCACCUUUUUCAUAUCCACUCUUCAGUUUUUCAUUCCUCACAUAUAUUUAUAUGGUCUUUGUACUAGAAAAGUAGUUUCUUCAGCAUGGUUUUAAUGUAAACAUGUAAUGACUCCCAUAGUACUACAUUCCAUGCACAGUAUCUUCUUAAUUACUCUUAGUCUCAUUUUCUAUCCUGUAUCAUUCAUUCAAAGUACUAUUUGUAUACUUUUCCAUAAACAUUGAACUAACUUGUAAAGUAAAAGGACACAAGUGUAAUUAAUGUGACAUUUUAUUGUGGCAACGUUUCGCUCUCCAGGAGCUUUGUCAAGCUGUUACAAACGGCUUGACUUAUAAUGCAGUUGUUACCUUAAUGUAUUACUAGCAACUAGCAUUGUUUAGUACUUCUAGUUUUACCAGAGCUUCUGGAACUUUACAUUGGUUUGCUUCUACCGUUACCUUUAGUGCGUGUUUGGCCACAAGCACCAUAUGUGACGUAAUGUAUAUAGAUGUGUUCUCAGAUUCACCUUUAGCAGCUCCACUGGGACACCAAAUGGCAAAUAAGUAAUAAUCUCAAAAACAGUAAUUGGAAAGACUGUCUAAUGUAUCAGAAAGGUUAAGGUAGUGGUACAUAAUUUUAUUGUUAUACAUUAUAACCUCAUGCUAGUGCCAAUCUUCUAUGCCACAAAUAUAUUUAAACUUGCAUGUAAUUAACCAGAUACAAUAAUAAAUUUUUGCUAUUUUGUAGUGAAUGUUGUAAGAAGAAAGCAGUGAUUAAUAUGGAUGAGCAGAGCAUUUUUCUGUUAGGGAAGCAGUCUUGUUAUUGUAAUAGUAAUUUCUAUCUCGACAAAAAUAGUUUUCGUAAACUAAUUGUUCUUACAUGCAUGUUAAGGAUAUACAAUUCAGGCUAGUGGAGUGGUGAGCUAUUCUUGAACAACAUCUACUCAGGUUGGUUACCUGUCAUUUUAUCUAAUCUACUGUAUUUCAUUUACAUCUUUCUUGCUGCCCUCUGCCCUCACACUAUCCCCUGUCCCGCUGUAUUCUGUAACCUACUGAUCAUCCCUCGCCCCUUCUGCCAGCCAAUACCCUCGCUUCCUUCCCUACCCUGCAGCGCUGUAUAGCCCUUGUGGCUUAGCGCUUCUUUUUUAUUAUAAUAAUAAUAAUUCAUUUACAUCUUAUUGUAGGCAUUCUUAGUACAGUACCAAUUUUGGUGUUUAGAUAUUCCUAAGUACUCUAUGAUUUUCUGAUCAGUGAAAUUGCAUCUGUACCAUCUUGAAUAAGGACUUAUUCUUUAUUGUUAUUAUCCAGAAUGCAUUGAAAUGUAUAUGCAGCUUACUUUGAAGAGCUUUUAUGUUUAUAACUAAUAUUGUAUAUCUCAGUGCUAAAUCAUGAAGACAUAGCCAUCAUUGAUUUUGCCACAGAACAAAUUGCUGUGUGACCGCCAUUUAUAAAUGGUUUAAUUCAGGCUUUGUUCACAGUAUCUUUUAUUUAAAUGUUUGCCAUUUGUUUCCUGCAGGUUUUGUCUUCUCUUUUGAUUCCUCUCUUGUGAAACUUGAUCAUUCUCAGCUUCCUAACUGUUGUAGUCCAAUUCACUUAUCAUAAGCUGGGAUUAAGGUUCAGGAACUUACCUUUUGAACAAUGCAAUAUACUAUAGGCAUAAACCCAGUACUUUUCUGUUUGUAGUCUCAUUCUAGACAUAAGUGGUAGUAACUUGUAUCACGUGUAUUAAAUAUAUUCUUUAAUGUACUACCCAGGUUCAGGCCAGAAUAAUCUUAAUGUGAAGAUUGCUUUAAUUUUAUGGGUAAUAUUUAGUGUUUUCCAUAUCCUAUUUUUUUUUUUUUUUUGUGUGCGCGUGCAUGGACAUAGGAUUAAUUUGUCUGUCUUAGAUAAUUUGAAAGAAAGAUGAAUCUUAGUAUUUAUAAAUACUCAUUUAGUAAUACAAAGGGUUUUAAGGUAAUUUUCCUUCCAUAUUGAGUAAUCAUAGAAUAUAGCAAUAAUCUACAGUAUUACCUCUUUUGAUGCUUAAAUUUUAGGUGGAUCACCCUUGCAAGGCAUUAAUUGCAAAGAUGGAUAAUUAUACAGAGAUUUUUGUAGAGGUAAAUUUGCACAGAGCUGUCUAACCCUUAUGGGUUUAGCACUUCACUUGAUUAUUAUAAUAAUACAGGUGAAUAAAAUAUUGCUUUCUAAAUUUAAAAAUUAAUACAGGAGUUAUUAGCCCCCUUGCUCCCAGCAUUUAGCCACAUUUUACGAUACACAUGCCUUACGGAGGAAGGAUUCUUCUCUACUUUCCACGGAGGUGAAAGGAAAUAAUGUAAGUACAAGAACUGUUAAAAAAUAGAAGAAAACUCAGAUUGAUGUUUAAACACAUACAUAUACAUGUAUGUGUAGUGUGAAUUAAGUGUUACCAGACAUACUUGUCACCUUGCAUGUUUGAGAUUGGGAAAAAAAGACACCAGCAAUCCCAUCAUUGUGUAAAAUAAUUACAGAUUUCUGUUUUGCACUUAUUUGGCAGGACAGUAAUAACUUCCUGGGUAGUUACUGUCUACCAACCUACUGCCGGCAUGUGUCUGUGCAUGUUCGAUAGGAGUGAGUAGAGACAAGUGGUGGUUGACCUGAUGUGCUGUUGGAGUGCGAGCAAGGUAACACACAUGAAGGGAUUCAGGAAACCCAGUGAGCUGGAAUAGUCCUAAAGGUGUGAAGUAUAGUGCCUGCACUCUGAAGGAAGGAUGGGAAUAUUGCAGUUUAGAGGGGACAUCUGAAUUUUAAUAUUGGUGCACUUCUGGCAAGACAGGGAUGGAGUGAAUGAAAGUGUUUAUUCUUUUUUGGGUCACCCUACCUUGGUGGGAGAUGGUCAGUGUAUUAAAAAUAAUGAAUAGACUUUACAGUAGGACCUAAUAUACUGCAGCAGUUAUUUUCCCUAAACCAGCACUUUAUAUAAAAUCAUGUGUAAUACUUCCAAAACAAAUGACCAAGUGGAUUUCAUUCCCUACUUCUGAAGUCCAUUAUAUGGAGGAUUUACUGUAUUACACACAUAUUUUAUUUUAUUAUCACACUGGCCGAUUCCCACCAAGGCAGGGUGGCCCGAAAAAGAAAAAC